AUGCUGGAGAAGGAGUUCCUGGCAACUUCUUAUCUGGGUCUCCGAAGCUGUGCCUGUGGCUCUGUGCUUGAUCGUCUCUUUAUUUUACUGGACACCGGUACAACACCAGUAACAAGAAAAGCAGCUGCACAGCAACUUGGGGAAGUAGUGAAACUGCAUCCUCACGAACUGAAUAAUCUCUUAUCUAAAGUGUUGGUAUACUUAAGAAGUACGAAUUGGGAUACUCGUAUUGCUGCUGGCCAGGCUGUUGAAGCAAUAGUGAAAAAUGUACCUGAGUGGAAUCCAACACCAAGAUCAAAACAAGAACCAGGCUCAGAAAGCCCUAUGGAAGAUUCACCUUCAACAGAUCGGUUGCGUUUUGAUGGAUUUGAUAUAUGUCGGUUGUUAAAACAUGGUGCGUCUCUUCUUGGAUCUGCUGGUGCAGAAUUUGAAGUCCAAGAUGAUAAAUCAGGUGAAAUUGAUCCUAAAGAGAGGAUAGCACGGCAGAGGAAACUCUUACAAAAGAAACUUGGCUUAGAUAUGGGUGCUGCAAUUGGGAUGAAUACCGAAGAUCUGUUCAAUGAUGAAGAUCUGGACUAUUCUCCUUCUUCAGUUUCACUAGUAAACAAACAACCUACUCUUCAGGCUGCUGAGUUAAUUGACUCAGAAUUUCGAGCUGGUAUGAGCAGUAGACAAAAGAAUAAAGCCAAAAGAAUGGCUAAGUUAUUUGCAAAGCAAAGAUCCAGAGAUGCAGUGGAAGCUAAUGAGAAGAGCAAUGAUAGCACUGAUGGGGAACCAGAAGAAAAGAGAAGAAAAGUUGCAAAUGUUGUCAUCAACCAGCCUGCAGCAGACUCAAAAGCUCUGGUAGAAAAUGCUUCAGAAGAGACAAAUGAAUGGCCUCUGGAAAGCUUUUGUGAGGAGGUGUGCAAUGAUCUCUUUAACCCUUCUUGGGAGGUUCGACACGGUGCAGGUACUGGACUGAGGGAGAUACUUAAAGCUCAUGGUAAAAGCGGCGGUAAAAUGGGAGACAGCUCUUUAGAAGAGAUGAUCCAGCAGCAUCAGGAGUGGCUAGAAGACUUGGUUAUUAGACUCCUUUGUGUGUUUGCAUUAGACAGAUUUGGAGACUUUGUUUCAGAUGAAGUGGUAGCACCAGUACGUGAGACUUGUGCUCAGACUUUGGGAGUAGUAUUGAAACAUAUGAAUGAGACUGGAGUUCAUAAAACUGUGGAUGUUCUCCUGAAGCUGCUUACACAGGAACAGUGGGAAGUGAGACAUGGUGGUCUCCUAGGAAUAAAGUACGCUUUGGCAGUGCGUCAGGACAUGAUCAACACUUUAUUGCCUAAAGUGUUGCCUGCAAUAAUUGAAGGUCUCCAAGAUCUGGAUGAUGAUGUCCGAGCUGUUGCUGCAGCAUCUUUAGUACCGGUAGUGGAAAGCCUGGUCCAACUUCAGUCUCAGAAGGUGCCUUUCAUUCUUAAUACAUUGUGGGAUGCACUUCUGGAGUUGGAUGACUUGACAGCUUCCACAAACAGUAUCAUGAUCCUUCUUUCUUCCCUUCUGACUUACCCUCAGGUCCGCAAAUGCAGUAUUCAGCAAUCACUCACAGUUUUGGUCCCACGUGUGUGGCCGUUCUUGCAUCAUACUAUAUCUUCUGUGCGAAAAGCAGCACUGGAAACAUUAUUCACGCUGCUAUCUACCCAAGACCAGAGCUCUUCAACAUGGCUGACUCCAAUUCUGCAAGACAUGUUGAGGCACAUAUUUCAAUUUUGUAUCUUAGAAAGCAACCAAGAAAUUCUGGAUCUUAUUCACAAGGUAUGGCUGGAACUGUUAAACAAGGCAUCCGUACAGUAUGUGGUUGCAGCUGCUUGCCCAUGGAUGGGAGCCUGGCUCUGCUUAAUGAUGCAGCCAUCUCAUUUGCCCAUUGACUUAAACAUGUUGCUAGAAGUAAAAACCAGAUCAAAAGAAAAGGCAGGCACUAAACUGCGGCAAGGUCAAACCCAGAAUAAGGAAGUGAUUCAGGAAUAUAUUGCUGGGGCAGACAGCAUUGCAGAAGAUCCAGCAACCAGGGAUUAUGUUGUCAUGCGAGCUCGGAUGAUGGCAGCAAAGUUGCUGGGAGCACUUUGUUGUUGCAUUUGUGACCCAGGUGUAAAUACUGUUACUCAAGAAAUAAAGCCAGCUGAAUCAUUAGCUCAGCUACUGCUCUUCCACUUGAAUUCUAAAUCUGCCUUGCAGAGGAUUAGUGUUGCAUUAGUAAUCUGUGAGUGGGCUGCCUUGCAAAAGGAGUGUAGAACUGUGGCCAUUUGUGUGCAACCUCGUUUACUUGGGGUCCUUUCUGAACAUCUUUAUUAUGAUGAAAUUGCUGUUCCUUUUACACGAAUGCAGAAUGAAUGUAAACAACUCAUCUCACUGUUAGCUGAUGCACACGUUGACAUUGGAAACAGAGUAAACUGCAGUGUAUUUACGAUAGAUCAAGCUAAUGAGCUGGUUACUUCUGUUUUCAAUGAAGUGACAUCAUCCUUUACUUUGAAUCCUAAAAUUCUACAGCAGUUGGACAGUAAACGACAACAAGUCCAAAUGACUGUUACAGAAACAAAUCAAGAAUGGCAAGUGUUGCACCUGCGGGUCCAUACAUUUGCUGCAUGUGCAGUUGUGAACUUGCAGCAACUUCCAGAAAAACUAAAUCCUGUUAUAAAACCCUUAAUGGAAGCUAUCAAAAAAGAGGAGAAUACACUUGUACAAAACUAUGUGGCUUCAUGUAUAGCAAAGUUACUUCAGCAGUGUACAACAAGGUCUCCUUGUCCCAACUCAAAGAUUAUAAAAAAUCUCUGCAACUCCCUCUGCGUGGAUCCACAUCUUACCCCACUAGCAGCAUGUCCUGCACAGCCUCAGAGUAGCCAUGAAAACUCAAAAGGGCCCAACUCUGAUAAAGAUGGGAUGCAUCAUACAGUUACGAAGCACAGGGGAAUAAUUACACUGUACAGACAUCAGAAAGCUGCUUUUGCCAUCACAAGUCGGCGAGGUCCUACUCCAAAAGCUCCAAAAGCCCCAAUUGCAGAUCUGCCCACUGGCAGUAGUGGAAGCAUUCCUACAGAACUUGAUGAGGCUCAGAAGCCUUACGUUGUACAGAGAAGAGGAGCUGAAUUUGCCUUAUCUACUAUAGCUAAACAUUUUGGUGCUGAAAUGGCAACGGGAUUGCCACAUCUCUGGGAUGCUAUGGUUGGUUCAUUAAGGAACAACAUUCACAUAAAUAAUUUUGACCGAAAGUCCUUACUGGAAAAAGGAGAUGCUCCUGCCCAGGAGCUAGUAAAUUCUUUACAGGUUUUUGAAACGACGGCAGCUUCAAUGGAUACUCAGCUACAUCCUCUGUUAAUACAGCAUUUGUCUCAUCUUUAUAUGUGCCUUCAACAUCCCAGCACUGCAGUGAGACACAUGGCUGCUCGUUGUGUAGGUGUUAUGAGCAAAAUAGCUACCAUGGAAACAAUGAAUAUCUUCCUAGAGAAAGUUCUACCAUGGUUGGGAGCAAUAGAUGAUAACACCAAACAAGAAGGUGCAAUUGAAGCACUUGCAUGUGUCAUGGAACAGCUGGAUGUUGGUAUUGUUCCAUACAUUGUUCUUCUAGUGGUUCCAGUUCUUGGUAGAAUGAGUGAUCAGACAGACAGUGUACGUUUUAUGGCUACUCAGUGCUUUGCAACACUAAUUAGACUAAUGCCUCUUGAGGCUGGUAUACCAGAUCCACCAAACAUGUCUGAAGAAUUAAUCCGAAUGAAAGCUAAAGAACGUCACUUUCUGGAACAAUUAUUGGAUGGAAAAAAACUGGAAAACUAUAAAAUUCCAGUACCAAUCAAAGCAGAGCUCAGAAAAUAUCAGCAGGAUGGAGUGAACUGGCUGGCAUUUCUCAAUAAAUACAAACUUCAUGGAAUUCUUUGUGAUGACAUGGGCUUAGGAAAAACUUUACAAUCUAUUUGCAUUCUCGCAGGUGAUCAUUGCCUCAGGGCUCAGGAAUAUGCAAGAACAAAACUGGUGGACAGUGUUCCUCUUCCCUCCUUGGUGGUGUGCCCUCCUACGCUCACAGGACACUGGGUGGAUGAAGUGGGCAAAUUUUGCUCAAAAGAAUAUCUUAAUCCUUUGCACUACACAGGACCUCCUACUGAGCGAGCAAGAUUACAACACCAGGUGAAAAGACACAAUCUCAUAGUGGCUUCGUAUGAUGUUGUGAGAAAUGACAUUGACUUCUUCAGAAAUAUUAAGUUUAAUUACUGCAUUCUUGAUGAAGGCCAUGUAAUAAAAAAUGGAAAAACAAAGCUGUCAAAAGCAGUAAAACAGCUGACUGCCAAUUACAGGAUAAUUCUUUCUGGGACACCAAUCCAGAACAACGUCUUAGAGUUGUGGUCAUUAUUUGACUUCCUUAUGCCAGGAUUUUUGGGUACUGAACGCCAAUUUGCAGCUCGUUAUGGCAAACCAAUACUGGCAAGUAGAGAUGCCCGAAGCUCCAGUCGAGAACAAGAGGCUGGGGUUCUUGCAAUGGAAGCACUGCACCGUCAAGUUUUGCCAUUCCUGAGAAUGAAAGAGGAUGUACUGCAAGAUCUUCCACCCAAAAUUAUUCAAGAUUAUUACUGUAUUCUCAGUCCUCUACAGGUUCAGCUGUAUGAAGAUUUUGCCAAGUCUCGUGCCAAAUGUGAUAUUGAUGAAACAGUUUCUUCAAUUUCACUGAAUGAAGAAACUGAAAAACCGAAGCUUAAAGCUACAGGCCAUGUAUUUCAGGCAUUGCAAUACUUACGAAAGCUAUGCAACCAUCCAGCGUUAGUGUUAACGACCCAACAUCCUGAAUAUAAAAGAAUUACAGAACAACUUGCAGCUCAUAAUUCAUCCCUUCGAGAUAUCCAACAUGCACCUAAGCUGUCUGCUUUAAAACAACUGCUGCUAGACUGUGGUUUGGGGAAUGGUGGAUCUUCAGAAAGCGGUACAGAAGCUGUUGUGGCCCAGCACAGAGUACUUAUCUUCUGUCAACUUAAAAGCAUGCUGGAUAUAGUGGAGCAUGACCUUCUCAGACCUCAGUUACCUUCAGUUACUUAUUUACGACUAGAUGGCAGCAUACCUGCUGGGCAGAGGCAUUCCAUUGUUUCGCGGUUUAAUAAUGACCCAUCUAUAGAUGUUCUUUUGCUCACCACUCAUGUUGGUGGAUUAGGACUUAACUUAACAGGGGCUGAUACAGUAGUAUUUGUGGAACAUGACUGGAACCCAAUGAGAGACCUGCAAGCCAUGGAUCGGGCACAUCGCAUUGGGCAGAAACGUGUCGUUAACGUAUAUCGCCUGAUAACCAGGGGAACUCUGGAGGAGAAGAUCAUGGGUCUUCAAAAGUUCAAAAUGAAUAUUGCAAAUACAGUGAUCAGCCAAGAAAAUGCAAGCCUACAGAGCAUGGGAACAGAACAGCUUCUUGAUCUGUUCACUCUUGAUAAGGAUGGAAAAACUGAAAAAGCAGAUACCUCUACCUCUUCUGGGAAAGCAUCAAUGAAAUCAGUACUCGAAAACCUUGGAGAACUAUGGGAUCAAGAACAGUACGACACUGAAUACAGUCUUGAAAACUUUAUGCAUUCAUUAAAGUAACCAUCAUAUAUUCGUAAUACAACUGCUGCUAGUUCACGUAUUUUCCUGCUGCUAUUCAGCAAAUUUCAAAGCGUAUAGAGUGAACCCUUAGCUUAAUGUGUAAAUAGACUUAUUGAAAGAAGAAUCUUCAAAAGACUGGCACUAAGUAGUGUCACCUGUUUCACUGAGGAGUUAUUCUGUCUUAAACGUUUGCACUGUAUAAAAGAACUUUAUAUGUAAACAUUGUGAGGUGGUUUGAAUUUUACUUGUUCUGAACGGCUUCAAAUUCUUACUUGGUAGAAGAAUAAAACAAAGCAAGUUUUUAC